GACGGUAACAAGGGGCCCAGCUGGGCUUCACAUGAUAUUGUAACCGUAGCCAUUUUGGCUCAACCAAUCCCUGGCUCAAGGCAUCUCCUUUAUUUUGAGGAGCCUUCUAGGAAAACCUUCGUCGCAGACGCUGCAGAAGCUCUUCCAUCCAUUUGGAUUUUGCCUGGAUGACAUUCGCGUGGCUGCUUCUUCUGUUGCAUUCGGGCGCCGCGGUGCCAGACGCAGCUGGGGGCGCGGCGUCUGUAUCGCUGUGGGCUCUGGCCGACGAUCGUUGGCAGUCGCAGGUGCCGAUACUGCGAUCGCACGUGCAGAAGGUCAACGUGGACUUCGUGAUGGUCGGCUGUGGCCUCGCGUACCAGCUCGGAAGCCCGCACAUGGUCGAGGCAACGGUGGAUCACCGAAACGGCCAGGUCAAGUACUGCCGCGGCGCGGUGCGGGACGUAAGGUCCCUCGGUUUGACGCCGUGGCUGUGGCUGCACGGAGGCAGCUUCAACGCGUCGAUGGACGCGUUCAGGGCCAUGGCCACAGACUCCAUGGACCUUCUGGUGAGUGCCACUGCAGAGGCUUGCAGCCUCUACGGCUUCGGUGGCAUCAACAUUGAUUGGGAGCUGGGCCCCGCGGACAGGCGUCCAGCCGACCGCGAGCUCAUGCUGCGCUUCAUGCGAAGGGCGCGGGCUCCUCUCCAACGGCGUGGAUGCUCCCUGAGCCUGUUCACCGGCGAGGGCGUCCACCAGCUGAACCGAGUGCAGGCCGACUACGUCCCGUACCUGACGGAGGUGCAGUCAGGGGAUCUGUACCGAGGCACCGACAUCAACGACUGGCGGGGGAAGCUGCGCAGCGCCUUGGACGUGGUGCCUCAGCACUUGCUUCGGCCUGGAUUCUGCUGCAACGGCUGCAAGCAGGCCUGGUCGGCCACCAACGCCAGCGUCGUGGAGAGGCUCGCGGUCCUCGGCGCAGAGGCGCCCAACGUCACCAAGGUGGCCAUCUGGGUGCUCGGGCCGCACGGGACGGGCGGGGAGGAGUGCCCCACGCCGUUCUACUGGCGGGAGCUGGCGCGCUUCGCGCCUCGCCCGGCCAGCGCUGCUCUGGCUUCUGCGCCCGGCGCUGCUGUGAUCAGCAUCUAGGUUUGGCGUCUGAGGUGCUGGCGGCGAUGUCGCCCACAUCAUGUCGGAGUCUUCGACGCGACUCGGUCUCGGUUGACAGGAUGAUGUCAGGAGCACCCGCCGGGCCAAAAAAGCAAAUCAGAUAUGACGUGCGUGAGUGGUGCAGGGAGGGGCGCGUGCGUAAUUGCACCAGCGCGCGUAACCGUGCCAAAUCAAAAACGAGCUCGCGAUUGCUAUGCAGUGUGCCGUGCGCGUUGGCUCUUAUGGAAAGGCUUGAGCGAAAAUGGUCACGGUUCCUGCGCGGGCGGGUGUUGGGGCCAACAUGGCAACGACAUUGUUGGUGCGGUUGCUUCGCCUUGUUGAUUCUCGCGUUGAGUUCGCCCGAAGGCCAGUGCGGGGGCGGCGCAAUGAUAGUUGUUGUUCCCAAUCCC